AUGAUCACAACCAGUUCUUCUGUCACCACCACCAUUAUCUUCACUCUAAUUCUUACAUUGGCAUGUUGCACCACAUCUGCCCCAUCUCCGGGACCGGAAACCGCUGCGGCUCCAGCACCCGAGAGCAAUGGCUGCAUAAUAGCACUAGCAAACAUGUCAGACUGCCUGACCUAUGUAGAAGAUGGGAGUAAUUUGACAAAACCAGAUAAAGGGUGCUGCCCUGAGUUGGCGUGGUUGGUUGAUAACAACCCCAUUUGCUUGUGUGAGUUGCUUGGUAAACCUGACGCUAUUGGCGUCACGAUUGAUUUGAACAAAGCUCUCAAGCUACCUUCAAUUUGUGGAGUCUCUACUCCCCCUGUUAGCGUCUGUUCAGCUGUGGGAGUCCCUGUGUCCUUGCCUCCAUCAAUUAGUGAAGGUUCUGUUUCACCGAAUAUAGCUCCAGGACCUUCCAAUCCUUCAACUAAUGCUCCUUCUAGUGCUCCUUCCAGUUCUUCAACUAAUGCUCCUCCUAGUCCUGGUGGUCCAGCCCCUUCUUCUUCAGAUACUUCUAUCAGUCCUUCUCAAAACAAAAAUGGAGUUUCAGCCAUUAAAGCCUCUGCUUUGACUAACUUCAUUUUUGGCCUGUCCACUCUCUUUGUCUCCUCAUUCUUCUGA